UAGUUCAGGUAAACGUCUGUGGUGUCUCUUGGCGUGCACACGGGAAACGGCCUACAGAGAUACCUGUACGAAUAUACUCGAAAAUAUAUAAAUUUAAUUUAUUAGUUAGGCUGUGAAACUGAACUGUGAACGUUUUCUAAACAAUUUUUAUGAAAUUUUAACUCGUUUUUGUGACGACGGUUAUUGUUUUCAACUUGUUCCGUUAAUAUAUUAUUUUCGUGUCGUACAUCUAUUCCAAAUGUGUAAAUGUGUAAAGUGAAUGUGUUUUCUCUGACAAAGUUACAGACAACCUAAUUAUUGAUAUUUUAUGAAUUCCAAUAGACUACUAUAUAAUAUAACAUUAAUUUCCUUUAAAAUUGAUUCGAUUAAAACUUUUUUCUUUUAAAUUAAUUGUGAUGUGUUUACUACUGUAACUUUCUUGUGCAUUUAAGUGUAACUGACAUACUAACUAAGGUUAAGUUAACAAAAAUAAUCUGUGAUCUUUAUAAACUUAUUCUAAAAAAAAAAACAUAUUGUUCGUAUGUUUUAUCUCUAAAAAAACUUGUAAAAAAGUCCGAAACACUAGUAAUAUAACGGAAUCUGCUUUUGCCCGAAUCAAACAGGUGUCACGUGGCAAAAUGUCGGAUUGUUUAUAAUUGGGUUGUAAAUAUGCCGUGUUAGUUCGAUUUUUUUUGGAAAAAUUGCAGAUGAGUAUCAAGGGAUUAAAUAUGAUCGGUCCCCAUUACAUAUGUGUUUUGUAUGUAACUACAGCGGGUCUCCAGGGACCUUUGAUGGGAUCUGACGAACAAGAAAUAGUUCUUCUCAUUUAUGUGAUAGUGGAUGUUAUUCAGAACAAGGUGGUAGGAGUUCAACAAUAUCCAAUAAGACCUCAAGUAGCAGAUAUUAACGAAAAUAUUCUCUCAACUGAAGUUAUCUCAGAAUCGGUUUUAACCGACGAUAUUAUCAAAACAACUGGGAGACAACUAGAAGAUGUGCUCAACGAUUUUCAUAAUUAUUGUAAUAAUUUACAUAUUGAUCCACACAGUUCUGGAUUCCGGAUAGUCACAGAUGGACAAUUACCUCUACGACAAUGCCUUCAUCCAGAAGCGUGUAGAAAAGAUAUAGAUCUGCCGACAUAUUACAGCACAUUCCAUGACCUUAGGAAAGAAGUAGCGAAGUGUUUGGGAAGAAUGGAUGAUAUACCCCAAACUGUUUCUUCCAUGUUAGAAUAUUUAGAAAUAGAACCUGAACCUGAUAAUGAAUUUUAUAAGAGAGAAGCAAAAGAUAUGGUCAAUAUUGUCCAAAGACUCAUUUCCGUCGGACAUAGAUUCGAAAUACCAGAAAAUAUUCAUCUUACACUGGAGCCAGGAAUAUGUUCCAAAGACGAUGAAAUAGACAGCAAUUGUGUCGUAAGAGCCAGAGGAUUACCUUGGCAAAGUAGUGAUCAAGAUAUAGCCAAAUUUUUCAGAGGAUUAAAUGUUGCAAAAGGAGGUGUAGCUCUGUGUCUAUCGGCACAAGGAAGAAGAAACGGGGAAGCUCUAGUACGUUUUGUUAGUCAAGAACAUCGAGACAUGGCUUUGAAGCGACAUAAGCACCAUCUUGGUGCAAGAUGGAUAGAAGUAUAUAGAGCCACGGGAAAUGAUUUUCUUUCAAUAGCGGGAGGAUCUAGUUGUGAAGCACAAGCCUUUUUGUCGAAAGGCGCUGCUGUGAUUAUCAGGAUGAGAGGAUUGCCGUAUGAUUGUUCGGCAAAACAAGUAUUGGAGUUCUUCUCUGCUGGUGAAAACCCUUGUACUGUGUUAGACGGUGUAGACGGUGUGCUUUUCGUUAGAAAACCGGAUGGGAGGGCAACAGGAGAUGCAUUUGUUCUAUUUGCAAACGAAUCGGAUUCCCCAAAAGCUCUCUCCAAACAUAAAAAAUGUAUAGGCUCUCGGUAUAUCGAAUUAUUCAGAUCGACAACUGCAGAAGUGCAACAAGUUUUGAAUAGAUCAUCGGAUCCAAAAACGUAUGAACAGCAAGCUCCUCUUAUUGCUCAAAUACCACAAGUGCCUCUAUUGCCACAACAAUACAUAACUUCCGGAACUAGAAAAGACUGUGUUAGGUUAAGAGGACUGCCAUAUGAAGCCCAAGUCGAACAUAUUUUAGAUUUCCUAGGUGACUAUGCUCAGAACAUCGUUUUACAAGGAGUUCAUAUGGUAAUUAAUUCUCAGGGUCAACCCAGUGGUGAAGCCUUUAUUCAAAUGGACUCUGAACAAUCGGCGUUUAUGACGGCGCAACAAAAACACCAUCGUUACAUGAUAUUUGGUAAGAAACAACGGUAUAUCGAAGUAUUCCAAUGCUCUGGUGAGGAUAUGAAUCUCGUACUAACUGGAGGGAUACCCGCACCGGUUUCUCCAGCGAAGGCAACUCCAGCUCUUCUAAGUCCCGGUAUGUUACCUCCAAUAGCGCCUCUACCACCAACUAAUAUACCUCCCCCUCCUCCCCCUCAAACGGCCUCGGCCACUACUAUGUCUCAGAGUUUGGUUACGCAUACACCCCAUCAAUUUACUUGGGACAAUUCCGCGUUAUUCGCUCAACAACAAGCACAAAUUAUUGCACAACACAAUUUAAUGGCACGACAAAACCAAGCUCAACAAGCACAAAAUGAAAUGUUAUUGAUAAAUCACUUUGCGCAACAAAAUCUUGCCCUUUUCAGUCAAAACAUUUCACAAUUGUCUCCCAAUGGUACACAGUCGACUGCUGCUGGUGUCCCAGUUAAUUCCGUCCUUAAAAGUCCUCAACACACUGUACCUCUUAUGCCUAUGGUCCCAACUCAUCCUUAUAUGAUCAUUCCUCCAAGAAUUCCUAUUGCAUUGCAAAGACCUCCUCCUAUGUUAUAUCCUCAGUUAUUACAGGGGCAAACGCCGGGUGUGAUGCCGGUGGUACCUCACGUGGCAGUUAAAAGAAGCUACGGGGAUGCUUUUAAUGAACAAGCCACUCCUGCUAAGAGGCCUUUUGCGCCUACUUCUUUGCCUGUUUAUCCCCCAUUCUAUCCUAACAUGUAAAAAGCAGCUCUCUGGUUGUGAAAUUAUUAUAUGAAGUUGAAAAGUUUUAUUGAGAUAAACUUUACAAAUUUUUAUAUUUUUUGAUAAUAUUGAUGGUUGGAAAUAAUUAAAUACAAUUUUAUAAUAACAAGGAAUGUAAUUGAUAAUAACGUACAAUUUUAGAAUUUUUGAUAGAGAAAAAUUGUUCCAGAAUGUGCUAUCAUGUGAGAAGGUCUUUUAUAGCCAUUUAAGUUAGUUUUGUUACUUUACAUUAUUAAAAAACAAGAAUGAAGCAAUAUGCUACCAGAUGCUGAAGUAGAGAAAAAAAUAAAAUUGAAUCUACUAGUUUUUCUUAAAAAGCAAUUUUUCCAAUAAACUUAUGGCUUAAAGUAGUGCUUCUUACACACUUUAUAUUUGUCCUGUAUUUAUCUAUUUACAUAUCUCUGUAUGUAACGGAAUUUUUGGAUAGGAUUUUCCCUGAUUCAAAAAUAUCGGAUGGAUUGAAAUUUUAUGAAUUUUUCCUACAGUCCAUGCCAGAUUCACAAGAAUAAAGAAAUUGAAGUUUGGUAUAGUAGGUUUCACAUAUAUCCCCUUGUUAUGGUAUACCAAGAAAACCAUUGUGUAUAAAAAAAACUAAAGCAAUGAGCUUUAUUCAAAAACUGAAAUAAAAAAUGAGAAAUAAUCUCAAUGUUCUUGGGUUAAAAUUAUUAUGAACAACCAAAUCGUCUUCAGCACAUUUAAAAUAAAACUAGAGUAAUCAACAAAAAAAAUUUACGUCAAAGCUAGUGGUGCUAUAUAUCAAUUAAUGAAUGCUAUGUCAAAAUUGGCCUUUUCCAUAUAAAUUGAAAAAAUGAGGAAAAACAGUUUUUCCUACAUAAACUCCUGUACAAAAUUAACGCACCACUUUAAUCUAAAUAUUUACAAUAUAAACACAAAAUAGAACUAAGUAAUUUGCCUUAUUUUUUCCACAAGAGUUUGUUGUUGCUGGAAAUGCAUAAAUAAGCUAAGCUCAUACUUCUAAAUUGACAAAAAAACAGUAAAAGGGGUCACCCCUAAUACCGCGCAGGCCCUCCUUUAUUCAUUAUCACUGCAUUCAUACGUCGCGACAUGAUGAUAUCGUUGUUCAACAAAAGCUUGCGGUAUAUUCUUCCAUUCUUCAAUAACGACCUCUGUGAGCUCGUUGUGAUUAGAAACAGGGGGACUAUGACUUCGAAUCCUCUUUUUGAGAUAGUCCCAUAUUUGUUCUAUAGGAUUCAUAUACGGAGUGUUAGGUGGCCACUCUAAUAAAGAGAUAUUGAUAUAGUUUUGCAAAAUUUAAUUUCUAAACUUUUUCUGGUGAGCAAGGGUUUUUUGGCUGGUCUUUUGUUGCUUAAUCCAAGUGUCGAUUUUCACCAAAAUGAAUGAGGCGAGUUUUGAUAUGGAACGGCUCAAUUAAUAUAUUUUAUUGGACAUUGGUACACGUGAUGUCUCAUAAAAGAAUACAUGCAAAGCACCUCACGUUUUUGAUAGUUAACUUUAUGUUUUUUCUUUUCGUUAGUCUUUGUUUUUUAUUUUUUCACGACUUCAACAGGUGACAGUAUAUUGUGGUAGUAGCACAAUUCUUCUUAUUCUUGUUAUGACCUAGCAGAACUAACCUAUUCGGUCAAAAAGUCCCUUCUUAUUAAAAAUAAAUGUUUAAGACAAAUCUUUUAAUAUUCAUGUUACCUUUUAAGCGCAUUUGGGCACUUUUUUAUCCAAAAUAUCAGUUGUAAAUUUAUUAUUGAGAUAUUUUGAGAAGUACCUUUAAACUAUAUUAAUAUCUUUACAUACAAAAGAAAUAAAACUUCCAUCAAUAUUUAAUUUUUAGAAUAUAAAGUCAGUUUUUUUGACAAAAUUUAUUGUCAAAUUAUUAUUACAAAAUUUUUCAUUGAGUUUUAAAGUUUUGUUUAUAUUUAUUUUUAGUUAUUUGAAGUACUAACUUAUAAUAUUAAGUUUACAUUAUUUCAUAUUAAGUUAUAAAGCUUUUUGACAUACAGGUGUUCCUAAAUUCAUGCUACAAUAUUCAGUAACUGAUUGCUCGUGUGCAAUUUGAGAUGGGUCUUUCUAUAACAAAAUUUCCUCAUCCCACUCUUCUUUUAAAUAUCACUUUUAAAAGAUGGUUACCAAAAUUGAGUUUCUAUUUUUUUUUUCAUUCUAUAAUUUUUGUGCAUUCGCAAAGUGUGUGAUUGUGAGUAUUUUUUCAAUAUUCUUGUGAUAUUAUACGGGGGUGAAAUUAGCAAUCCUUACUUUAUUUCAUACCAAAACUUUUUUCAAAAAGAAGUUUUAUGAAAUAAAAUUAUAACUCAAAAUCCUUGUUCUAUUUAGAAACAUUAAAAACAGGGUAGAGGUUGUCAUUUCCAACAUUUAUUAUUUUCCACUCAACCUAUUAAAAAAAUUAUGAUUUAUGUUUAUUUUUUCCCUGUAGCUAUUGGUUUUGGGACAAAAUUUAAGAAUAAGAAAUAUUUUUAAAUAAAAUAAAGAUUUUGAUUUAUAAUUUAAUACUCCAUCUUUAAAAAAAGUUUUGGUAUUAAAUAAAGUAAACGCUGCUGCUAAUUUCACCCUCUACAAUGUAAUAGGAAUAUCAAAAGAUAAUCGUCAUUUGCGAAUGCACAAAAAUUACAAAAUUUCAAGCUUCUAGCUCCACUUAUGUUUAAAAAUAAAAUACUCAAUUUUAGUUUAGUUUUCAGUUAAGGGUGAUAUCUCGGUAAGAGGUGGACCGAGGAAACUUCGUUAUAUGAAAGACCCAUCUUAAUUUCAUACGAACAAUCACCUCCUGAAUUUUAUCGCAUGAAUUUAUGAACACCCUUUAUAUUAAUUAAUUUUAGAUAUAAAGUUAUUUGAUUCAAGAAUUCAUUUUAAUUUCAUAUUAAUCUAAACAAUUGUAUUAAAUACUUGAUAUUAUAAUAGGAUUGAAUCUAGAGUAUAUUACCUACAAACUGAGAUUUACACAGUACAGAAUAUUCUUUGUGUAUUUAUGCUCUGGUUAAAUAUACUUACUCAAAAUGAUAUAUUUAUUGCAAUACAAAAUAAGAUGAAGUAUUUCACACGAUAUUGGAAUUUAAUCCAUGAAAUAAUAAGUAAAAUAAUUUUUUAAAACUCGGAAACUCGAGUUCAUUAAUUGAGAAAUCUUUCUGAAGACUAAAAUGUACUUAACUUUGAAACAACAGUGAACUAGAUUCAUCAGAGAUAUGAUUUUUCAACAAAAAUAACUUUACACACUUCAUCAGAGAUAUGAUUUUUCAACAAAAAUAACUUUACACACUUCAUGCAGAAGCACUUUUCAUUCCAUUCAUAUUCACAUUCAAGAUUAUGAUAUUUGGAGAGUUGUUGAUUCGAAAUAUGAUGUAUAAGAGUAGUGGAUAUUCAUCGGCUAAUCGGCUACAGUCUCUGUUAAUGAUUAUACCAGGGAAUCCAGAAUUAGGUACAUUUAUUCCUAGAGCUAAUAUAUUAAAAAAUGAAAAUACUUAUCUGUAGAAUUUUUUUUCUCUAAUAAUUUUGAGAAAUUAUUUUAAAAAUAGUUACCUUAUAUUUUGAACACAAAAAGUGUCUUUGUAAUCAUUUUAAAAUUGUAAGGGUACAUGGUGGGGAAGUUAAGAGAAAUAAUCCAAAUAUAGCUUAAUCACUAUUCUCAUAAUUCUCAUAAUCAUUCUCAUUAAUUUAUGGCACGUUGAUCAUUAAUAUAACUAUGAUUUAUACAGUCUCUGAAGAAUUAAUAUAUCACAUUUUUUAAUAAUUCAUAAUUAAUAGGAACAUCAUGACAAAACAUGUUGCCCUAUAUUGUGGGGUAUGAUGAAAUUGGGGCAUGAUGGAGGAGGCUAGUCGUUCUCAUAAAACAAACAAUUGUAUAUUUUCUCUGGAUCUUCAUCCUCCAAGCCGGCACAAGCGUUGUGAGCCCAACGCCCACAGAGCUGGCAGCCUAUCCAAGGUCCUGACGAGGUCAAAAAAAUGUUUUCUUCAUUACAAUAUAAGCAAAUGGCAUCUUCAUAAUUGUUCUUUUUUCUCUGUCUUCGGUUUUAGCGUUCUUUUUGAGGCGAGGAUCAUUAGGAUUGAUUGAUAAAUUUCCAGCUCAUUUUUAUAAAGAGUUGGGGUUGUUAUGACUAUUUUUCUUUGGCAGUGUCGUUUCUUUUUGUCAGUUCGUUGAACAGAAGUAAUAGGCAAAAUAUCACUUUGGGAUGCAUUUUCACAGCUAGAUCAGAUCACGGCAUGCUGCAUGAAUGAAAGAUUCAGAAUAAUAAAAACAUCUAGGUUCAGGUCCUAGGACGGCUGUUUUAGCUAUUCUUGGCGUGACAUGUUUGUAACAUUCGGUGAUUAACUCUGUUCUAGGUGGAGUAGAAGAUGUCGAUGUAGCUUUAGGUUCUGUUGGAAGAGUUUCAGUGUGAGAAGUUGUCAUGACUGUCGAAGAUGCAGUUGUCACUGUUGUUGUUAAAGACAGACAAAAGAUUUGGCUUCAUUUGUUGUGUCUGAAAUUUCAUCAGUAGGUACAUGAAGGUUCCAGUAGCGUUAAAACAUAUUUCUACUGUGAUACUUUGUCUCACUCACUUAUUUUCGUCUUUUCAUAGCUAAUAUUUUGCUCUUGCUCUUAGAUACAACGGAAAUCCCUGUUUCAUUACAAAUUUAUUGAAUUCCAUUGCUCUAGCUUUUGAUAACGUUUCAAAAAACUUUUAAGCCAAUUAACGCUUGCCAUUUCUUUAUCAGUAUUAAAGUUGUGUGCCUUUCAAUUUUUAAUUACCAAUUGAUAUGCUAGAAGUCUCAUUCGAAAGUUGUUAGGCCAAAAAACGCCCCUCCAUAUAUUUUAGAUAUUCUUCUAUUUCAUCUUUUUUAGGUGUAAAUAUAGAUUUUUUCUGCCCUAAAGGUAAACCAAUAGCAACUACACACCUUCCUACAUUUUCUCAACAUAUCGCUUUAACGUAGUCCGAUACAUUGCGUGUGCAAAAGCAGUUUUUUUGAAUCCCAUUUCUUUAAAACUAUCUAUAGCUAUUUUCAUAGAAUCUAUCAACCACUCUUCUCUUUUGGUUUUUCUUCAUGCCAGUACAUGCCAUGAUUUUACUUAAAAAAUAAUAAAUUAAUGUUAUUUGAUAAGAAACUUGAAUGAUCCCUGACACACAACCCCAUUUUGCCCUAAUGCCCUAUCAUAUCCGUAUCAAAUACCCCAUCUUGCCUCAAAAGGUCACUCAGAACAUAAACAAUUUUAACUAAUUAAAUGAUUCCUACAAACAAUAUACCAUAUUAAAAUAAACAACACUAGUAACUAAUGAUCUAAAAGACAAAUGGGGUGAUCAUAAUUAUCUUAAAAUAAUGAAGUUUUUUUUCUUCUAUAAUAGGCGAACGUCAAAUUUUUAAUAAAUAACUUUUCUUACCUACUCGCCAAAUUGAUAUAAUCAAACUUUAUUCUGUAUGUUUUAGAACUAUUUUUUUGCAAGAUUUAACAAACGAUAAAAUAAACUGCGGGGAAUCCCCAUUACCACAUUAGGUAUAACUGCAAGGUAUAAUGCUUAUUGGUUGACUAUUUUGAUUGAUUUAAGAUACCAACGUCAGUUGAAUGAGGAUUCCUAUUGGCUUAUAGUUUUAUAUUCACAAACGCCCAGUUUCUUCUAUGUGUACGGUACCUAUCCUACCUCGUUACUCCGUCAUGCCCUCUUUCCCCUAGAUGCAUUUUCCUGUAAUCGAAAAAUUGUAAUAGCCGUUUUUCAUAUGGAAUGGGGUAGGCGAUAACACGGAAUCAAUUAUCUUAAUAUGUUAUAGUAUCUCCCAUAAUAUGAAUUUCUCGUUUGGAGCAAAAAAUAAUGUCCCCAAUUCCCCCUUUAAGGUUUCAUUUGGCGUUUUAUGGUAUUAGAAAUGGAUCCACUCAACACUUAAGUUUCUAUUGCUGUUGAUAGGAUAAAAUGCAGAUAAUAAAUUCUGGUCUUUUUAUUUAUGGGAUAAUAUCAACUCUAAAAUAAGGGGAAAACAUGUCCACAAUGUUUUUAUAUUCCAUUAUUAUGAUAUCCUUACAAUGGCUGUGAGGAAAUACAAAGUAAAUUAUUCUUAUUCGUAGCGCUAUAGAGAUAGACCACGUUUGGGUAGAUAUAUACCCAUACCUUUUAAUUAUUAGUGAUAAGGAGAAACAAUAUAUUGAUAGAGAGAUCCGUCCUAAGUUUGUUGAUGUUUUUGAUAUUAAUAUUUUCAACAUUUUAUAAACUCGUGAUCCAGAUUCAAUUACUCUGGUUUUUUUACUGUAGGCUUUAACUGUAAGCCAUUUUUUGGAAUAUUUUCUAUUAUCAUUGUUUAUUUUAGAUUGAUUCUUUCUUUGCGCACUUCGAAAAGAUCAGAUGUUUUGUUAUCUAUGUCUAUUGUAAGUUUUUUUGUUACAAUAUUUUUCUCAGUACGUUGUCCUUUUCUUAUACAAAUUAUUUUUCGUAUAUUAAUGCUAUUAGAUAGACAAGUUUCAGUACUCAUAUAAGUUUAUCAUGUUUCAUUACGGUCAUCUUCUAGAAGGGUAUAUUUUUAUUAUAUUUCAAUUUUAGGGAAAAGUGUACUGCAAAAAAUACUUUUGGAUUUACCCUUAGCUCUAUAAAUUGAUGCACAUAAUUAUGGAUCCCAUAGUCUUGAUAAAAUGGUGUAUUUCUGAUAAAUUUGGUACAUAUGCUUAAGAAAAAUGUGGUAAUAUCCUAUUUCCUCCUUAACUAUUUACUAACUAAAUUCCAAUAUUUUGUUUUUGCUGCAAAUGACUUAUUCUUUUUUGUGUUAUAUAAAAUGGAAAACGCAUUUGAGACAAUAAAUAUUAAUGUACUUAGUUUCUUUCACGAAAAUGACGAUUUUUAUUCAUUACUUUAGACAGUAAUUAAAAACAAUUAUGAAAGUCCUCAAUGAUAUGUAAAAUGUUAUAAUAGUAUUGUACUUGCCGAAAACAUGAAGGGUCCAUUUUCAAUGUUAUUAUUCCCAAAAAGACAUCUUGUAAGAUAAAUUACAAUUUGUUCAACGUGCCUUAAUUUUUAUGCUUUACAAUAAAGAUAUUGCUAUUGCCAUUUCUAAGGAUCCCUUCUGCGAUUUAUUGGAUUUCAUAUUUAUGCGGUUUUUCGAUAUUUCUUAUUGUCCCCCUUUUUUAAUUCACGUGACAAAGUAGCUUAAGCAAUCUGAUUCUAACGUAUUGGUUUAUUUACUUUAUAAUAAUGCUACUUAAUUUCUUGUUUUCUAUUAUGUGUCUCCUGAUGUUUUAUCGGAAAUCUCCCGUUGAAAAUUACUUUUUUGGAUUUAUUUUUGUUGUAUACCAUCCUCAAUUUGCAGCAAUAUGAUGACUUGUUUUUUUAUUGUUUGUAUUUCGUAAGAACUUUACUUUUUUCACUUGAAUGCUGUAUUAUAUUAUUAUUUAUCUUAAUUAAAACUUUUUGUGUUCUUUUGAUAUAGUUUUCUUAAAGCAAUAAUUUAUUUACUUCAUUCAAGCAAACAAUUAUUCAAUAUAAAACUUAUUCAUUUAUCUUCAUAUUGUAUGGCUAUUUCUUGUGCUGACUGUAUAUUUAAUAUUUACAAAGUGCCUUUUAAAUCCAGAAUAUGAAAAUUUUGGAUUUAGAUAUAUUAGGGUGGUCGUUGGAAAUUGAUUUAUUUGAUAUACUCCCAAAAACCUUCUUUUAUGAAGGAACACUGGGAAUUUUUUUAAUGAUUAAAAAAAAACAAGUGCCUUUACAUGAUCUGUUUUAAUUUUUCGGUAUAAUCAUCUUUUUUGUAAUUUUCAGGAAAAAUAUUGUUGAAUUGUAGAACUAAUAUCAAUAAAAAUAACAAAUAUUUGAUCGAAAUAACAAUAAACAAAAAUCUAAAUUGAGAAAUUUUCCCAGUUCAUUUUGUCUAUUAAAUAAAAAAAUGAAAGAUAUUCAAAUUGAUAUUUUAAUUAAAAAUUCCAUAAGUACAAAUUUCAUUUUAAUAUUCUGAUUUCUUCACACAAAACCUCAAUUUCUUAUUUUUAAUAUCCUCUCUUUUGUAAACAAAUCGUUGGAUUCUUGCAAUAGUUUUAUAAAAGUUUUAAUAUUUGCAGUUGAUUUGCUCAAAUUCGUUAUGUGUCUUUCCAAUCAAAAAUCAAUUUUCUUCCUAUCUUCCAUUACAGGGAAAAAAUAAUACUCACGUAAGGGUGUGUAGUAUUUCAUUACUUUUAAUAAAAGGUACAAUUCAGUUUACAAAUAAAAACCAUAAACACUCAAGAACAAUACUUUGGAAUAUAUACCUAAAUGUUUUGAUUAUUGUAAUAUUUAUUUAAUAAUUUAUACAAAGUAUAUCGUCAAGUAAAUUAUCUUGAAACUAUAGACGUAUGAAUGCAAGAGAAUUUUGGGCCUUCAAAGGAGACAUCCAGAGCUGGCGCAUAUAAUGAUUUUUUUAGGCAUAUUCAUGAAAAUAACUUAUAACUUAUAUAUAACUACUCACAGACGUAGAAAAAGCUUUCUAAUAACAGUGAAGGCGUUUCAUCGUUAGCUAUUUUUAAAUCUCACAAAAAUACUUGUUCCAAAUUUUAUAAGAUACUGGUCAACAAAAUUCAAACUUUUUUUUGUCAUACGAAAACUUAUGGGUUGAAUGACCACUAAACAAUAAAAUAUCAAUGGAAAAAAAUUGACACAUCAGGUUUCUUUGUGACAUCAAGACACUAAAAAUAUUCCUUAAUAUUCAAUAAAUAGCUAUGAUUUGUAAUUUCCUAGGAAAGGACAUUCACAAAACAUUUCCAGUCGACUUUUUCUAGAUCAUUCAGGUUUCUUCAUAGUUUGUAUCCUUCAUUAGUUCCUGUAUUUGCGAACCAACAAAUAUUCCCUCGUUAAUUUUUGCCAUGCUGAGCUGGGACAUUUUUCUUUUAGUUAUAAGAAUCCACUGCCAUCUUUAGGCUUAGCUUUUACAAAACUUUUCAUCUGGUCGAUUUUUAUAUGCAACGUUGGUAGAAGUAUGUCGUCGGGGUUCGCUAAAGGAUCAUUUUAAGAUUCUUCUGCCCUGGAGUAAGUAAUCCACGCUUGGGCAAUACUUUCUUUGUGUAGAAACUUUUUCUGUCUCUGCUGUCUCAUUCGCAAAUGAAGCAACAACAUUUUGUGUAACCAAGCUGUAACUCAAGCAAAAGAGCAAUUUCCUUAAAGUCUUCAAACAUGGUCACUGUAUUUAAUUUUUUCAAGAAGGAACUUCAUGUAAGUCACUUUCAUAUCAGAACCAUGGAAAAUCGGCACCGAAAGACAUUUGAUUCCGUUGUUUAGCAACACUGCUUUCAAGCUAGUUUAUGAUAAGUCAAUGAACAAUCGCCAGUGACUUCACAAAAUUCAAUAAAUUCAACACUACGGGAAUGUUAUUACAAUAAACUAAAUCAUCUGCUUUAGAAAAGUAAAGUUUCAUUUCAUCGUCGUUUCACCAUUUUCAUCUGCAUUCCAUAUAGAAGAAGCUAUCAAUUUAAAUCGAUCCGUAACUCCUGCUAAUUUCGAAUAAAAUUCUUGCAAAUUAGUUUUGUUGAAUGACGUUGCUCUGCUGAGGCUUGUUGCUUUAGGUUUUCUAAUGGUGAGAGAGAUUUCGUUUAAGAAAAACGUACAUCCAAUCCUUACCAGUCAUUUUGUUUGUAUGCCAUUUGUCUGGUUUAUUUAUUUUAUAUUUAAUAGCACAGUCAUAAACAAUGCGACAAACUUUCUUAGGACCUAUACAAUGGAAAAUGUAUGCAAGUUUGAACAAGUAUUCUGCGAGGCUGCCUUCUUGUUCUUUAUUUAAUAUAUCUCUUGGAGUACUAUAGCGAAAUCUAAAAUUUACAGGAUUAUCCUCCAUUCGUUUAAUAAAUCUUGAGAAUGAAGUUUUACUUAAUACAAAAUCUCGACACACCGCCCUUAAUGAUUUAUUUUCACAUAGAAUUAAAUUUGCUGUACGUUGCAUCAAUUCUAAGGAACUUCAUGUUCUUGUGAGUGUCUUUAAUAUUAGUACCAUGGGCAACCGGCACUAUAGCAACACUGCUUCCAAAAUUCAAUAAAUUCAUCACUACAGGAAUUUUAUUACAAUAGACUGAAUCAUCUGCUUUAGAAAAGGUUUCAUUUCAUCGUCACGAUAUCGGAAAUAAGGACUAUUCGUACCAGGAUAAAGUAAAUUCCAGUCGUUUGAUCUAUUCCCCAAAAGCUCAUAUUGUUUUUUUGACACAUUCAAAUCACGUACCAUAUCGUUUAAAUCACUUUGUAAUAAUAAAUGCGGUUCUUUUGAAGUUGACGGUUCAUAUCUGGAGAUACCUUAUCGGGUUGAUUACGAACAAAUUUUGAAUUGGAAACUGAAUCAUGACUUUGGAGGCUUUGGCACAGGCAGUUAGGCACUAUGUAAGAUUGGUCGAUGACAUGUUUGGAUACUGGAAAAUGUGUUGACGCCUUUUAUUAAGAUCAAUCACAAAUAACAAUCACUUACAUGAUCUUUUGGUUCCGUCCAAAUCAUUGGUACACCAAAAGGCAAAUGUUUGGAUUCUUGUUUAAUCCAACCUAAUAGGAUUCUCAUACACGUUACACAACAUAUAUAUGGAACCCAGGAUUCAUCUUGGUGACACAGAUGAAAACGAAAAUAGUCUAAAUAGCACUUUUCACUGCUUCAUGGGGUGGAGUCUUGGUAUGCUGGCCUCUUCCAUCAAAACUUCUUGUGCUGAGUAUUUCUCCAUCUGUUAGGUUAGGUUUUCAUUCAAACAAUCAUUGUUUCUACUGACAUUUCACAUUUAUUGGAAAUAAUUCACUUUAGCGUUAAUUUGAUUGAAAAAUAUAAAAAUUAAAUUAAUUAUAAAAGUUCGAAAACUUCAUGAAAGAAAAUAACCAAUCGCGACUUUAAUGGGUAUUUCUAUAAUUAUUAAAGACAUUUUAUGGGUCUAUUUUAAUGGGUGGUAGCAGUUGAAUUUGGAAAAUCUUUAGACAUGGUCCGCAUCAUGGAACAUUCGUCUAGAUCUACUAAAAUGGUGCGUAGCAUGCUGGGAAAGCCUUAAUGGCUGGACUGUAGUAGAGCGUCACAGUGAAAAAGUUACUGGCGUGAAUUUUCGCUGAGAAGUAAAAGUUAAUUUUCCACACACAUAAACGCAAUCGUUAUACAGUCGCCUAAAUUAAGUUAUUCAAACAAAAACACGUGAAUGAGGUCACAAAAGAAUAUACAGCUGUCACAAAAAAAAGUGACUGAAACAAAAUAAUAUUUUUUUAAUGAGGGGACAUCAAAACAAAUAAAAAUAAUCACAAAGUUCGUGUUUGUGGUUACCAUUGUUAUUAUAUCAAAAAAUUAACUUAGAUCGUAUUGUUUUGAAUUAAAAAAAAUUAUUAAAAAGGAGUUUUUAAAGGGCGUCGCAAAAAAUUUAAUUUUCAUCGACCACCCUAAGAUAUAUUGAAAUACAUUUUAUAGAAUAUCCAACAAAAAUAUUUGAUGACAAUUCUAUAUUUCCUAAAGGUACAUAACAUUUAUUGACACAUUAUAUUAAAAAAACCUAAUAAAAAUCCGUGUCCACAAAAAAUAAAAAAAGAAAAGUUCGUUUUGGUGUAAAAAUUAGUCAACAAAUGCAUCCAAACUCUGGGACAUGAUCGAUUCCUUAUAUUACAUUGAGAUUCCCUGAGUUGCCACCUUAUAUUAUUAGUUAUAUUCUCUAUAAUACAAGACUGGUACUCAACAAUUGUGAUAAAACUACAUUCCGAAUUUGUUAUUUGCUUGAAAAGAAUCAGGUCGAUUUUUACGUGUAUGAGACAUUUAAUUUUUUAUAUUUUCAUAUUGCAAGAUAUGUGACUUGAAGUGAUAUUGGUACUUUAUUUUCAAUUGUACUUUUCUACUGCUCUUAUCAAAUAUUUAUUUGGAAAAACCAAGAGGAGAAAUCAAUGAUCACCAUACUUAUUUAUUGCGUCCCAGAUUUCUAGGUAGUUUGUUACUUAUGAUUUUAAAGCUGUUAUUAGUUUUGUACUGCCACACAAAAUACUCUUUCCCAGUAACGGCAACUUAUUUCAUAUUAUUGAAGAUAAGUAGUAUAGGGGUAAAAUGUAAUAAAAAUAAAUUAACAGAAAGCAUCUACAGGGUGUUUUUGUAAAAAAAUUUCUUCAAUAAAAAAAUAUAAAAAAUAAUGAGUGCAAUUAUGCUCAGGAAAAAUCGUCUGGUUACUAUUCAAUUGUUGUUUAAAUACUUUUUACAUUAUAGAAGUUGAAAUUAUAUAUUUUUCUAUAUAACUGGUCCCCUAUAUUCCAUGUUUACAAGGCUUUUGUCAUAACAAAAAAUGUCUGCGACUAAUGAUUAUAGAAUGGGAUUGGGUAAUUGUUGUUUAAAACUUAUGGUUUUAGGACAGUUGUUGAAACUGAAGGCAACUAUUUUGUUUAUUUCUAUAUUUAUUAAAUAUACUUUAUUUCACUAAUUAAGGGUUGUCUUUGGUUGACGGAAGUCGAUUGUCAUUGUUGUCAAUAGAUGGCGAAGGGUAUAUUUCAGAACCUUAAAUCAAAUGAGAGCUUUCACUAUGUGAACAUUUUGAAUGAGUAUUCGUUAAAUUGGGUAUUAUUUUAAACAUUUUGAGCUAGUAGUGCUGGUGUAUAGUUUAUCUCAAAUGAGCAUUAUAUCAAUCCAGAUAAAAAUUUUAGUAAGAUAUUUGUAAAAUGACAGAUUUAUUAAAAUUUCAAUGAUUGUUACUUGUAAGUAAAAUUAACAUAUUCAAAUAAUUAAUUUGUGAAACUACAUUUUACGAAUUACGAUUUCUUUCAUAAUAUUUUUUUCAUUUCCAAAUGAAAUUACAUAUUAAUUGUGUUAAUUCCUUAUUAUCACAAAUUCAGGAACAUGAUUUUUAUCUACCAUAUUCCUAUCAUUAGAUUUAAGGUUCAUAUAGAUUUUUUUUUGAAAGUAGACUAAGAAACAUUGUACAAAUCAUGGUGUAUACUUAUUUCAUUUAUUAUUAUUAUUAUUUUUUUUAUUAUAUAUUGGGUUUUAGUUUACUUAGUUAUAGAUUUAUAUAUAUAUUAACUGAUUCUGUCAACUUCAAAAAUACUAAUAGCUAUUAUUUUUGUCGGAAGACGGAAUCGGCUGUAGGUUCAGAUUAAGCCUCUUGCAUAGCUUUCGCUAGAUAUCUGAAUACGAUUUGGUGUUAUGCUUUUCACAUUCAUUAUUUUAACUUUUGGAGUGGUGUUGGCGAAUGGUUCAAUAUUUUUCAGAACAAAAUUCUAACUUUCCAAUAUAUUUUUAAUAAAUGCAACACAUCCUAUUGUGUGGUGAUCGCUAUAUCAUUAAUUGGAGGUAUUAAGAAAGAUUUAUUUCUGCUGCUUCAACUUCUUUAUCUGAUAAGUGAACUGAAUAAUAAUCAUCGAGCUUAUUCUACAAUAUUCGUAAAAAAGGGAGAAUAAUGAAUAAUUAUGAAUAAAGAAAAUAAUUGUGAAUAAACUAACUUUUUUGUUACGCAUCAAAUAGUAAAUACUUGGGAGUUUAUUAGGGGAUGGGAAGACGGGAUUAAAGUGAACAAACAUCGAGUUUAGUUUAAAAUCGUUGGAAACAUGACAUAAAAAAAGAUUAGAGAAUUAAUUUUGUCGGGACAUAUAUUUAUAAUUGAAGAAUUUAUUCUUCAGAAAUUCGAAAAAAGAAAAAACAAAAAAACAGCGGAGUAGAAACAAAAAUAUCAAGUAAAAAACAUUCGACUCAAUAUAUCCAAUUGGUACUACAGCUCGGUGUGAGCCUUGGCCUCCUCGACAAUUCAGCUCCAAACUGCUCUGUUCUUUACCAAUGUUCCCAUCCAUUCAAAUUCAUUGUUCAUUCAUGAACUUAAUCAGUCCAUCUAAUAAACGUUCUGCCUCUUUUUCUACUGCUGUAUAUUUUGGUAUGCAUGAUUCUCUUAAGUAUCCGAUUUUCCUCCAUUCUUUGAAUGUGGCCAUAGCAACUUAACCUCUGGACUGUAAUGAAUCGUACGAUAUUUUCAUAGCCUAGUAUUUAAUCGACUUUUCUAUUAUACUCUUCUUUUUCAGUCCGUUACGAUCAUUAUAAUUCCUCCAUAUAUUCUUCUGAUAUUUUUUUUUUCAAAUAUUCUUAAUCUUUCUUGGGGUUUUUGUGUCAUCACUUAACAUUCACUGUCAUAAGUUUACUUGUUAUUAGUUUGUUUUACAGGAGCUUCAGAUUCGCAAAAUGAGAUCUUUGUAUUCUCCUGAAUACAUUCUGAUAUAUCUUCUGCCGUAUUUCCUUUUUUAUAGAUAAUUUCGAUCAUAAUUUAUCUCAUGUCUUAAAUUAGAAUAAUUCAUCAUUUAGUUGUAAGAUUGACUUACCAAAUAUCCUUCAUCGAUCAGAGAAUCAUAGAGAGUGCUUAACAUGGCUUUUUCGUCCAUCAACAAUUUUAUAACAAUUUUUUUUCCCAAAAUCAAUAGUUUGGGCGUACGAGCGCCGUAAAGUGUAGUUCAACACAAGUUUGGGCAGAAAUACUCAUUUCCACACCACCAUGAGGUAGAGAAAGCUGCGUGUUUUUGUAUCGUGGUAUCUCUAGUAAGCCUAAUACAUAUCUGACUCACUACUUCCAAAUUUAGUUCAAUCUCCGUCGCUUUAUUGUUGUUGACGGACCAGGUAUUGUGCUUUCAUCGUUUUCAGUACUGAUUGAAAUAUCAACCACGGAAGUUUCUUCUGCAUCAUCGACGAUGGGAUCAUCAGUUUUGUCUGAUUGAGGAUAAUGUUUUGUUUUGUACAUCUUAGACUGAAUAUUCUCUGUAACAAUUACUGCUUCUACCUUUACAAUACGCUUACGUUUUUCUAUGUUGUCACUUUUUUCAUCGUACCACACUCACGUAAAUCAUUUAAACCCUGUACUUCGAAAGUAAACCACAUGCGCCUUAUUAGAAGUGACAGUAAUAAAAAUAUCAUCAACAUAUUUUCUUAAUAGUUGUGCUUUCACUGUUCUUAUGUGUAGAUGGUGAUUACCUAAUUUUGGCCAUUAGUUUGUCCAGAGAAAACUGACACUCUUCGAGAUAUGAAUAAAUGUACUGCAUCGCAGAAUUAAUGUCGUUUGCAUAUAGACUUUUUUUUUUUUAGUUUUUAGUCGAUAAUUUACGCACACAAUACACAAUAUUACGAUCACAUAAACGAGUCUGCUUUUGCUUAGGUAUAAACUCUGCUGUUAUAUAAGUAGCACGCCACGUAAACAUGUCCGCCAUUAUUGAUGCUCCCGCCAAGUGUGAAUUGAGAAGUGUGAUUCGUUUUCUACAGGCUGAAGGCCAUAAUACUGCAGAAAUCCAUCGGAGAAUGAGUCGUGCGUAUGGGGAAAACUUCAUGAGUGUUUUAUUUAUAAUAAAAUGGAUAUAUCACUCAGUUUUAACUAAUUGGUAGUCCAUACCAAUAUAUUUAAGUGUUUGCAAUUUCAGGGCAACCUAAAAGCUUUUAACCCUUCUGUUUAAUCAUACAGAGUUCAGUUCUUAUUUCUUUAUUCAAUUUCUUGAAUCAAUAUUCUGGAUUAUAGGUCUCUCCAAAUAAAUAAUUUUUUCUGUGACGUUCCAUCAUGUCGCAUUUUAUGAAAUUACUUUGUUCCAUGGGAAAAAAAUUAGUACUUUUUGCCAAGAUAUUGUAUAAGCGUAUAUAUACAUAUAAUUUUAGAAUAUAUGAGGACUGUUCUUUUUCCAAUCUCCGAUCGUUCCGUCCAGAUGCUACGUGGUCAUAAGAAAGUAGGCAUAUGCUGUAGGCGACAUUCAGGCGUCAGUCGGCGUUGUGCUGCAGCCACGUAAACAUGCCCGCCAUUAUUGAUGCUCCCGCCAAGUGUGAAUUGAGAAGUGUGAUUCGUUUUCUACAGGCUGAAGGCCAUAAUACUGCAGAAAUCCAUCGGAGAAUGAGUCGUGUAUAUGGGGAAAACUCCAUGAGUGAUGGUGUUGUGCGUGAAUGGUGUCGAAAGUUUAAAGAUGGCUGCCAUUUUUAUAUCACUUUCGACACACAUCGAUUUUAAUCCCACCAAAAGUUUGUAUUUAUUGUCUUUUCUUUUUACACUUGAUUUACGAAAAGUUUCCAAUCUUUUUUCCUUCAUUUUUUUGCAAUAUAUCAACGGAAAAAGUAUGUCAAAAUCUAUGAAAUUGCUAAUUUUCAAAACUCCCGGAAAACUUUCCAGGUAACCUCUAUUUAUUCAACCAAAUGACUGUACUAAUAUAGCAAAAACGUUGAAUAAAAAAUAAUUAUUUUUUGAAAUAUCACGUUUAUGUAGGUACUGAUCCAAUAAUUGAUAUCGCGAUCACAAUCAUUUAACUGACUAAAAUAAAUUUUCUGAAAAAUUAAUUUAAUUUGAAAGUGAUGUUUUGUUCUGUGUUCAUUUGAUUAUUUUAUUACAGGAUGUAUUGGUGCAAACUUUAGUAUUUCAAAUUGAAAUACUCAAUUAACAUUUCAACAAUAUAUAAGUAUUAAUCAAUAAUUUCAAUUUGCAAUAUUAAAAAAAUAGUGGCUUACCCACAUUUAUUAAUAGAACUUAUUGCAUUUUACAUCGGGACUGGAUGAACAUAUUUGGAACAGUGAGUGUUUUAGGUAAGACUUAGAGAUACAUGUGCAAAACAAUGAGGCAGAUUAUACAAAUAUCUAUGAGAAAUCUACCUCUACCAGUUCAAUAAUUUACUUAGUCCUCGUUGACAGGUUUGUGAGAGAUUCAUCUAACUCACUAACAAGGUUUAUGUUUGUAACAUAAUUUUUCAUUCCUCUAUGUUUUUUUAUUGUUCGAGUAGUUUUCUUUAUGUUAAACUCUUCAUCUUAUUCUCUUAUUUCAUUGUUAAUCAUUAUUAGCAGUGUAUAUUCUAUCAUCUUCAUUAGAGUUUCGUUAUUUGGUUAAUUGUUCAGGCUUACAGGUAUUUUUGUGCACACCUCUCGGGUAGUUCGGACUUUUACUUAUUUCUCAGGAACUGUAUAUAAUAAUUCAAGAUUUAAGAUUCUGUAGAAGAAAUAUUGUUUUGGUAUCCUGAACGAAAAUAAAGAUUUGAAAUAUAUGUGUUGUGCGAGGCUUGUCCAUAAACUAGGAAUCCCUUCGCAAUAAAAAACAUUUUUAUUAUCAUUGAAUAAUAUAUUUUUGGAAAACUUUUGCAUGUGGUAUACCAUCUUCGUAGAAGUCUGCCGCCGCGAAGAUAGCUUGAAACCUUUUUUUCAGCUCUUCUUCGAAUGUGUUCUAAGUAUUCAUUUAGGGAAGAGAUGGUAAUCAGUGGCCAAAUUAAGGUUGUACUUUCUUUUUUGGAUUCUUUGCACUAUUCCCGCACAUGUUGCACACUCAUAAAAUUUUCC